CUUACUGUUAACAACCAUAAUUUGACAUCAUUUACAGAAACACUUUUUCUAGAGUUUCCUUAUUGACCACUUUGGACUAACGUCUAUAUCCGAAAUUUGGCAAGGGCUACUGUUCCAUUGUUUUGGAGUCGCAUCCAGGUUCAAGGACAGAUAAGUCUACUAUCUGGGGGUGUGUUGAGCUUUGGGCUAGCACAUGUUGGGUCUUCAGAGUUUGAACUAGUGGCAGAAGAACUGUUGAUGAGUGAUUCUGUAAUCAAGGUCUAUGGGGCUUUACGCAUGACUGUGAAAAUAUUCUUGAUGUGGAAUUCUAAAUUGCUAAUAGAUGGUGGUGAAGAUGCAACUGUUGCAACUUCAUGGCUUGAGGCUAGUAAUAUAGUUGUUCUCAAGGAAUCGUCAGUCAUACAUUCAAACGCAAAUCUGGGAGUACAUGGACAAGGUUUAUUGAAUUUAUCAGGACCAGGAGAUACAAUUCAAGCACAACAAUUGGUCCUAUCACUGUUUUACGGUAUUAACGUUGGACCUCGGUCUGUUUUACGUGGUCCCCUAGAGAAUGCCUCAUCUGAUGCGGUUACACCAAAGCUUUAUUGUGAUCUCCAAGACUGCCCUGUUGAACUACUUCAUCCACCUGGAUAUUGCAAUGAGAAUUCAUCUGUGUCUUUUACUCUCCAGAUAUGCCGAGUUGAGGACAUCACUAUUGAAGGUCUUGUUAAGGGAUCUGUUGUUCAUUUCCAUCGGGCAAUAACAGUAUCUGUAUGGUCUUCUGGAAUAAUAAGUGCAUCUGGGAUGGGAUGCAUAGGUGGUGUCGGUAGAGGUAACUUUUUAUACAAUGGUGUUGGCAGUGGUGGUGGCCAUGGUGGUAAAGGGGGGCUUGGAUGUUAUAGUGAUAGUUGUGCUGAGGGAGGUAUUUCAUAUGGGAAUUCAGAGUUGCCCUGUGAACUUGGCAGUGGAAGUGGAAACGAGCGCUUAGCUUAUUCUACUGCAGGUGGUGGUGUUAUAGUGUUUGGUUCCAUGGAGCAUCCCUUGUCAAGUUUGUCUGUGGAGGGUGCAGUGAGGGCUGAUGGAGAAAGUUCUGAAGGAACUGUCUGGAAGCAAGAGUAUUCUGUUUCUAAUGAUUCAAUCAUAGCCCCUGGUGGUGACUCUGGUGGUACUGUACUUCUGUUUCUGCACACAUUGACUCUUGGCGGAUCUGCUAUUCUUUCAAGUGCUGGAGGAUAUGGUAGUCCAAAAGGGGGUGCCGGUGGAGGUGGUGGAAGGAUUCAUUUUCAUUGGUCAGAAAUUCCCUCCAGUGAUGUCUACCAGCCAAUUGCUAGUGUGAAGGGAGGCAUCUAUGCUAGGGGGGGACUAGGUAGACACGAGAGUGGUGAUGGAGAGAAUGGAACGGUGACCGGUAAACCUUGUCCAAAGGGGCUUUAUGGAACAUUUUGUGUUGAAUGCCCUGCUGGUACUUACAAGAAUGUCAGUGGAUCGGAUAGUUCUCUCUGUCACCGUUGCCCUGCUUCUGAGCUUCCUCGCCAUUCCAUUUAUAUUGCUGUACGAGGUGGCAAUGUUGAAACACCUUGUCCUUAUGAAUGCAUUUCUGACAGAUAUGACAUGCCACACUGUUUUACAGCUCUUGAAGAGUUGAUUUACACAUUUGGAGGGCCUUGGUUAUUUUCUCUUCUACUUGUGUGUCUUAUCAUCAUCUUAGCGUUGGUGCUUAGUGUUGCACGGAUGAAAUUUGUUGGGUUUGAUGAAUUACCUGGCCCGACUCGCCAUCAGAUAGAUCAUUCUUUUCCAUUCUUGGAGUCAUUGAAUGAGGUAAUUGAAACAAACAAGUUGAGGUGUCCCAGAGUCACGUGCACAGAAUGUAUUUCAUGGGUCCUAAUAGUUUCAGUGAACCUUGGCAUCUGCCCCACACUCCUCCAGAAGAAAUAAGAGAGAUUGUAUAUGAGGGUGCAUACAACAUAUCUGUGGAUGAGAUUAAUGCAAUAGCUGCCU